CACAGAAGGCAAGGCUUGGAGUAAAACUCAGUUUCUACACCCCUUUCCCAGCUCACACAGCUCAGUCUGUCUCUCUUGUUACACUUUGUUCCUUUAUCAUCCCUCUCCCCCCACCAAUUGGCUUGAUUUGUUUUUAAAACGUGGGUCCGUAUGCUUCUGGCUCAGCCCCAGCCACAUUUUCAAGGCAUUUUGGAUGCUGAGAGAACAGCAGGUGCAGCAGGAAGCUGUGCGGAUAGAAGACUGAAACUCAGAGAGACUAACAGACUUUUCAAAGAUCCCAAAGGACAAUUGCAACACCACGAGGACAAGGCAAAAACAAUACUUCCGAAAGAUGGACCUCCCACUUGUCUGUGAUAGGCUACCAGGAAUAGCAACAGCCUGUGUCACUGAAAAGGGCAAAGCCUUCUGAAAUAGAAACAAAGUUGUUCACAAAUCACUUUGUGGCUUACAUUUAGUUUCUGUAUGUUUCUGUAACGUGCUGCCAUGAGGAGACUAAACUGUACACUGGUUGUUGGUACGAGAAGGGGAACUGCCCUGUGAAGUGUUUCAACCGUAAAGUGCAGGAUAGAGCUGUUGAAUGGCAAUGGUACCUAUGCAGAGCACCGAGGACCUCAAUCAGCAGUGCCAGAAAAUGACAGCAGAGGAGACCGAUGAUAAUAACAGAUGCAGCAGCAACCUACAUGAGCUUCCCUCUCCAGCAGAUUAGUCACCUGAAAGAUCAAAAGAUUCGUUGGCACCUGUAGCAGCACCCAUAUACUCUAAGGAUCAAAUUCAGUCCUCCAAGUGGAAACAUUGGUAUCUGUUGACCUUAAUAAGAGAUGCACUUGCACAUCCCAGUGGUACCUUUGACUCUGUAUCUGCACCCUGAAAAUCCUGAUGUGGAAUGUUUACCUUUCUGUCAUCUACCAUUGCUGCCAUCAGUGGACUCCUAAUGGGUUAUGAAUUGGGACUUAUCUCAGGGGCUCUUCUCCAGCUGAGCAGUAUACUAAUGCUCUCUUGCAAACAGCAGGAAAUAGUCGUAAGUGCCAUCCUUAUUGGGGCCUUACUAGCAUCACUUACUGGUGGAUUCCUGAUUGACCGAUUUGGAAGGAGAAUUGCUAUUAUUGUAGCAUCUUCUUUAUUUGUAUUGGGAAGUCUGAUCUUGAUACCCAGUGCAUCAUAUGGGAUACUUAUUGUAGGCCGGAUCACUAUAGGCAUUUCCAUAUCAUUAUCUUCAAUUGCAACAUGUGUAUAUAUUGCUGAGAUUGCACCGCAGCAUAGAAGAGGCCUACUUGUGUCAUUAAAUGAACUUAUGAUUGUGACUGGCUUUCUUUUUGCCUACAUUUCAAAUUAUGUAUUUGCCAGUGUUUCUCAAGGCUGGAAAUACAUGUUUGGCCUUGCAAUGCCAUUAGGGGCUUUGCAAGCUGUUGCUAUGUAUUUCCUUCCCCCAAGUCCUCGGUUUCUUGUUAUGAAAGGUAAUGAUGAAGCUGCUAGCAAGGUACUGGGGAGGCUAAGGGCAACUUCAGACACUACUGAAGAACUCAUUGCUAUCAAGUCUUCCUUGAAAGAUGAACAUCAGUACAGUUUCUUGGACAUAUUUCGUUCAAAAGACAACAUGAGGGCACGAAUGCUAAUAGGUCUCACCCUAGCAUUUUUUGUGCAAACAACAGGACAACCUAACAUUUUAUUUUAUGCAUCGACUGUUCUGAAGUCAGUUGGGUUUCAGAGCAAUGAAGUGGCUAGCUUGGCCUCUACUGGAGUGGGAGUGGUCAAAGUAGUCAGCACAAUCCCAGCCAUCAUUUUUGUGGAUCAAGUUGGAAGCAAAACCUUUCUGUGUAUUGGUUCUUCUCUUAUGGCGGUGUCACUAGUCACCAUGGGUUUGGUGAAUUUUAAUUUACAUAUGAACUUCACAAAUAUCUGUAGAAGCCAGUCCCUGGAAGAUUCAGUUUUUCAUGGAUCAGGAAACCUGACUGCUAAUAAUGACAGUCUCAGGAACCAGUUUGGCAGUAUGACUUCACAGGAUGGAAUAUCACUAAAUACACUAAAGAAAUCUGAAAUGGUUAAAACAGAGGAACAGAACAGGACAGUUUUGGAAGGAGACAUAAUCUCUACAGGAAGUCAAAUGAGAUCGAACAUCAAAACAGAAACUGUGGAAGUCCCACUAGUUCUGAAAUGGAUCUCUCUGGCUAGCUUGCUUGUUUAUGUUGCUGCUUUCUCCAUUGGUCUGGGACCAAUGACCUGGCUGCUGCUGAGUGAAAUUUUCCCUGGUGGAAUCAGAGGACGGGCCAUUGCUUUGACCUCUAGCAUGAACUGGGGUAUAAAUCUCCUUAUCUCCUUGACAUUUUUGACUGUAACUGACCUUAUUGGCUUGCCAUGGGUGUGCUUCAUUUACACAGUAAUGAGUCUAGCAUCCUUGGCUUUUGUCAUCAUGUUUAUACCAGAGACAAAGGGGUGCUCUUUAGAACAAAUAUCCAUGGAGCUAGCCAAACAGAAGUAUGCGAAGAAUACCACUUGCUGGAUCAGCCAACGAAGAGAGAAAUUAGCACCAAUAGAGCUUCCCAAGAGAGAACACUGUGAGCAGUUCUACUAGACUUCAGAAGGAUGUUCAUCCGAGGGCAACCUAUGCGGCCUUCUCAAGAGAACGAAUGCCCCAAAAUAUUCAUGAAUGCUAUUAUGUGAGAAACCUUAGUAUCUUAUAUACACAAACUAGUCUCUAUUCCAUGUCAAAGUAGUGUUUCCUUCAGUGACAAUAUAAUUCUAAAAUUUAAGAUUUUUGUAGUUUAUAAUUCAUUAGAAUCCUAGAUUUACCCUACUUUGUGCCAGCAUCUUUCACCUCCUCUCAACUUACCAACCCCUUAGAUGUGGAAGGUGAAUGAGUGCUGAAAUACUAUGAACAAUUCUGAUCAGCCAUCUUCAACCAAGAUUAAUUCAAACCAGAACUGAUACAGAGGAGGACUAUGAGAAUUAGCACAGAAAUGGAGAGUCUAUGUUACAAGAGGAAAGUAAAAGAGUUCUUCUACUUUAGCCUAGCAAAACAAUUGUGAAAAUUUAAGGGUGCAUGCACUAGGAAGGGAGGAGAACUAUGUGAGCUAACAGACAACAUUGGGCACAAGAACGAGUGGAUGGAUAUAAGGUGGACCAUGAAUAAAUUCAAAUUGAAAGUUAGAGCAGUGAUGUUCUGGAACAGCCUUCCAAUAGGAGAAGCCUGAGGUAAGAUAUAGAACUAGUUUUACAGGGGAGCUUGAGUGCUUCAAGGAAGUCCUCGAGGGCAACUUGAAAAAAUGAAACAUUGACAUCAGCUCAUGGGAGACUAUUGCCCAGGACCUCCCCAGGAGGAAGAGUGUUGGAAGAGUGUUCCUCCCCAGGAGGAAGAGUGUUGGAAGAGUGUUGGACUUCGAAACCUUACAAUGACAACAGGAGAUGGAAAAGCAGGAGUGGCAGAUAUAGAGUAUCAUGGACCAAAUCAAGAAUCUGGAGCCACCUGUCUCUCAUGGAAACACAUAGAUGAGUUGCAGCAGUCUGUCAAUCCUGAAUUGGUCUCAUCAGCCAUCUUUAGACCCACAUGUAAAACAAUCAUAUGGAAGACAGUCAUCCUUGACUGCAAGGGAUUGCUGAAGUAUAUGAUAUAGUUGCCUGGAACAGUAGGAGACUGAUCUUGGUGACCCAGUAAGUCUCUUCCUGUCCCAUGUUUUUAUUAAAUGAAGCAACAAAAACUUUUGAGACAGAGGCAUCUAAAUGCAUGACCAGCUGCUUGAACUGGUGUAGGCCCUAAAAGAGACAAAAAGAGAUAGGUUUUACUUCCCAAAUCAUACAAAUCAAGAUAAAAACAAUUAGAGUUGACUCUGAGAUUAGUUUUCAUGUCCUAAUGCAGCCUUGGGAGUAUAAAGGAAGAGUUUGUGUGGCACAAUUAAUAGAUGGUAACAUUAUUAUUUGCAUACCUACAUGCUGUAAAUCUAAAUCAUUGCUGUUCUGGAAAUAUUGUGUCAAACUUGGAGUGGAUUCCUCUGAGUCAUUCUCUGCUUAUUCCAAAGUCCUGGUCAGGAACACAACUGCAAUCUUUCAAACAAUUAUUAUGUACCUCAUGUUAGGCAUUAGCUAGCUCAUAGUUGUUUCUCAGUGAGCAAUAAGCUUGAUUACUAAAGGCAAUCAUUGAUCCUCUGGAUCGUGGUGUACACACAAAAUAAAAGCAAUAAGAAUUGAAGCUACAGUGCUGAACCACUGGAUUUGGAAGACUACCUUAGCAAUUGGCUGAUAGAGGUCUUGGAGAAAACAAAUGAAUAAAACACAAAUUGUCAUGUUCCAAACCAUUGUAUAUGCUGAGUAGGACCUCCAAGCAGUAAUUCAUGGAAACCAUAACCAACUAGUUGCAUUCCUCAUGUCAAACUGAGGCAUGCAAAGCAGGAGGUAACAAAGGUUAUCAUAUCUCCACUUCCUAUGUGGCUUAGUUGGACAUUUUUCUGAUCUCUUUGCUUAGAAGGCUGAUAAUGCUCUGGUAGAGUGAAGUCUUUCAAGUUUCAGGUUUUUCCAUCAAGGGUUCAGAGGACCAUUUAUUAGCACAAUAUAUGCCAAAUCAAAGCCUAUAGAGAAGCUAGAGAAGAGUCAGGAACAAACUUAUUAAUAACAGUAAUUAGGAAUUUAGCUACCUCAGAAUGUGAGCCUACUGUUAAGAGCUCCAUUAUAUCUUUCCUGCUAUGGAGAUCUGCAACCUAGAUCCUGGGAGAGUUGACCAAGUCCUAUCCAACCCUUCCUGUAAAGAGGAGAUAAUAGUCAGAGCCUGUUCUGCCAAUGCAAGAACAAUACACAUACCAUAUUUUCUAGAGUUUACCUUGUUUUAAAUUAUAUAUGCCAUGGUGCUGCUAUCGUAGGUGACAAUUCUAGAGACUGGUAGAUGUCACUGUUGGCUAGGGUUUAUUUAAUUCAAGCAUUGCCACUCAAAUAUAAUAUUAUCACAGACAUCAUGUUAAUUUCAGGAUGUACAUGGUGUUACAAAAUGCUAACCAGGACAUUAUUUUCCCAUUCUGUGAAGAGGUUAAAAAUGAAAAUGAAAUGUUUCUAUUCUGCUCUGGGAUAAAACUGAGAUCUUUCAAUAUUUUUCAUGAAAAAUGAGAGUGGAAGAGACAGCCCAAAAUAGUCAGGUGGUUUGGAAAGACAAGGAACCUUGUGGUGAUAUCUUUUAUUGGACCAACUGCAUAGUUGUGAUAAAGUUAGACAAAAUUUCAAAUGCAGUGUAUUCUCCAUCAGCUUGGGAUCCUCACCUGAGAUAGGGGACACCCAGGUUCAAGUUCCUAGUCAGAGUUCAACAAGGCAGGGUCUCUCAUACCCCAGCUGAGAACCUAUGUGGCCAACCCAGGGUCUCAUUCUGACCCCCACAUUUCACCCCAGAUGUGAGAAACCUUUGGUAAUGAAAUCUGAUUUAGAACUAGAAUAUAUCUGGGAAAGGUGUCACUGGAGGACUUGGCAGUCUCUUGGUUUUCCAGCAAAAACCUCUCUUGUUGGAAUUCCUGAUCAACUUCAGUAGCAAACAAACAAGCAUCUAAGGAUAUGGAUAAGGUUUUAGAAUCAUGAUUUUUGAAUUCUCAGGGUUAGCCACACUGUGGCCACGUCUACACGAGAUGCUGACAGUGCAGGUUGUUACUGCACAGUCAUUUAGUACUUGUUUAUACAAGUAACUCAGGUUACUGUGUGGUAGUGCUGAUGAACAUCUUUUUUAUGAUGCUACUGCAGUCAUCUACUAUUACUGCGCAGUAGUGUUGCAUCGUGGUUUUUGCCACACUAUGCUACUGUGCAGCAGUAUUGAGUUACUGCGCAGUAACAUCUCACGUAGAUGUGGCUGGUGAUACUCGGCCUCAACGCCUUUCAUUUUACCAGUAUUGUUAAGUUAAAAAUAUAUUUUUAAAAAUACCAAUGCCCUGAGUCAGUAGAGGCCAAGCUUUUCAGCUGGCAUGCUGCAAAUUAACCAAGCAUCCUCCCAGCAUCAGACCCACUUUGAACCACCAUCCCCCACCCAUGGCUGCCCAUGGCCCUUGUGACAUGCAUGCGACGGGAUGGCUACCCCUGCCCUAGCUUAUGGAAACUGACAGAAUAUUAAAAUACAUAUAUAAAAUAUUAUUAAACCUAUUUGUUUACUUUUUGUGGUUGCGUCUGGGCAGUUUUGUUUACAGAAAACAAGAGAAUCAAAUUCACUUCCACAGUCUCAAGCACUUCUGUUGCACACAUUGCAGUGCUCUUAAACAUACAGUGAAAUUAAAACCAGCAGACAUGAAAUAGGCUGUUGUUCUUAGAGACUUGCAAAAACUUGUUUCUGAAAAACAAAGUGUGGGACAAAUUCAACAUGACGCUGCUCUUUUCAUAUUAUUCUAUUCUCUGGACAUCCAUUUAUAUUUUUGGCACUGAUGCUGUACUGAGCUCUAGGCAGACAGACCUGUAUGCUCACUACAUGAUUACACCAGUAGAGGAUUAUCAGUGCUGUACACCUGACUCAAGGCUAGCUAUCUUUCUUCACAAGUCAUUCAUAUGAAGCAGCCAAACCACCCUGUCAAUUUGUCAGCAACUUUCCAUUACUAGAUGUGUCCAAGACAAAAUUUAAUAUUCUUGGUGCAGUUUUUGCAGCAGUCCAUAGCAAGAGACCAUUAACUUCUUGAUUUGUGAUACGAUGCCUCUUUGCACACAUUGUACUGGCUUAUUGCCAGCAUUAUAUUACUAAAGGUUUUCUGUAAUCACUUUCCAUGAUCAGGCACUAUUUCCUUCUCGGCACUGCACUUUUCUAAAUAAAUCUUUGAGACUGAA